AUGUCGACCGAGUCUUCGAUCCACCAUGCCUUCCGAGGUCUCAACCUCACCGAUCCCCAGCACGAUCCCACGAAGCAACAGCAACAACAACAGAAGCAGCAGCAGCCAUAUACCACUCCUCCUCGACAGACCAACACUGGCUCGCUUCGUUCGCCCACCAUUCUCACUUCCGACUUGCCUGGCCAGCCUAGCUACUUGAACAACGCUCAAUCGCCCGGCUCUCUUGGUCAAAGUGCUGCUGCUCGUUUUGAACGCUUCUUCCCUUCUUCUCCCAACACCACCAGCUCGAACCCCUCCUCAGCUGGUCAGACCUUCACCAGCUCCGUCGGCUCUGCUGCUGGUCUUGCUGCUAACAGUGCCUUUGGCAGCUUUGGACACAGCCUCGCUCCAGGCAGCAUGGGUGGUUCUAGCAUCAGCUCCAGCCACUUUGGCUCUCACAACAACAACGCUGUUCGCAAGGCCUCCAGCCGUGCUGCUAUCCCAUCCCAGUGGAGCACUCAAGACCCUGAUUCCCUUGGUCCUCCCGCUGGUGCCUCACCACCCAAAGGCAUGGGUGGCCCGCUUCAGAACUACCAACAGCUCGACGGUAUGGCUCCCGGUGUAGCCAGCGGCGGUGACGACGAUGUGAUUCCGACCGCCAUCGUUCUUAAGAACAUCCCCUUCAGCGUCACGAGGGAACAACUUCUUCAGAUCAUCGAGGACCUCGGCAUCCCCAUGCCAUACGCAUUCAACUAUCACAUGGACCAAGGCGUCUUCCGCGGUCUUGCUUUUGCCAACUUCCGCAGCGCUGAGGAGGCUGACGCUGUCGUCGCUGCCCUCAACGGAUUCGAUGUCAGCGGACGAAAGCUCCGUGUUGAGUACAAGAAGGUGCUUCAGGCUGGCGAGAAGGAACGCAUCGAGAAGGAAAAGGCCAUCAAACGCAUGCAGAGUAUGCAACUCGAAAAGGAGAGGGAACGCGAAUUGCGUCGUCAGCACGACGAGUAUGCUGCCAACGCCUACCUCAUGCCAGGCUACAAUGGUAGCAAUGCUCAUCUUGGCGCCUCCGACGCUUACCUUGCCGACCCAAAUGCUGGUCUGCAGCAAGGCUUUGAGGCAGGCGUUCGUGCUCCUCUCACUGCAGACUCACUCAGGAAGAUGCCAUCGUCGCAACGUCUUGCAGCUGCUGUCGAGAGACCUACAGGACCUUCAUCUUCCACCAGCAACCCCGGUGUCGGCGCAAGCAGCGGUGGUGCUGCCAACGGCGCAGGUGCUGCAGGCAAGAAGGAGGAGCUCGACCUCAACGAUGCAGCUACGCUCGAGAUCUACUCGCGCGUGCUCCUUUUCAAGGAUGACCGUAUGCGUGACGAGCUCUCCUUCUCUCGCAGCCUUACUCCUCUCGAGCGCAGAACUGUUCAUCUCGUCGCACAGAGACUUGGUCUCUUUCACUACUCAAUGGGCGAGGGUGGUGAGCGAUACGUCAUCGUGACCAAGAACGAGGUCAACACUGGCCCUCGUCCUCUUCGCUCACAAGCCUCCACCAUUGGUCGAACCCAUCGAUCCACAGGUCUCGACGUUGGUUCUGCUGGUGGUUUCCUGGGUCCUGGCAGUGCCGCUACCACAGGUCGAGCCGGCCUGCGAAUGAAGAAGUCGGCUCCUGACAUGAAGCGAGGCGACGGAUCUGGAGCCUACAGUGGCAGCAACGGCUACCUUGGCAUUGGCUCGGGAAGCCUUGCUGCACGCAAAUCCAACUCGAAUCUUCGAGAUGGUUACUCGUCGACCAUGGGUCGUCGAGCCAACGGCAGCGGCGGUACAGGCGGGGUAGCGGGACUACAGAACCUCUUUGCUUCGCCCUUUGAUGCUCCUCCAGCCCCCUCACUCCCCAACCAGAACAGUGGGGAACCAUCCAGCCACAACUCCUCACCCACUCACCCGAACUUGAUUCGUCAACCCCGCGGACCGCCCACACCUGGCUCAUCCGAUCUCCGCAACUUUGCUGUUCGAUCGCGUGUCCCUACCACCACCUCCUCGGGUAGCAGCAGCGGUAACGCCAGAGGUUCUCCACCCAACGCACCAACCAACGGAUUCCAGCUUCAGAUCAAUGGUAGCCCAACAAAGACCAACGAUGCAUACCCAAAUUCUCUUGUCGAGGCUACUACUCAUGAUCCUCUUGAAUUCUGA